CAUUGACGAUAUGAUUACGAUUUCCGUGAAUGGCGAUGGUUUAUCUGCUCAAGUGGAGACUAAUCCUCCUCAAAUCUAUUUCAACUUCGAAGCUAACACUUGGGAUACAAGUAUCAAGAUUUCAUAUGUUGAGUUUGUAAAUGGAAGCUUGUCUUGGUUCUCAAAUUCUACCUCGAAUGGGAGCUUGUUUUCAAUCCCUUCGGCAUCUUCAAAACAACACAUGACGCUAGGCUCAGAUGGGCAUUUGAGAGCGUAUGAGUCUGGGAGCGUAGAAGUGGCCGAUCUUUUCAAAUGGUAUCUCGAUGACUGUGCCUAUCCGACGCCGUGUGGGCAAUAUGGAAUUUGUUCCAAUGGGCAAUGUAGUUGUCCGGCUUCAAGUGGGGGCACGAGCUACUUCCAGCCAGUAGAUGCUAGGCAGCCUCAGCUUGGGUGUUUCGAGAAUGGUCUGUUGUCUUGUGGGGCUUCACAACAACAAAGUCUUCUGGAGCAAGAAAAUAUCGCGUAUUUUAGUUUCACUCCAAAUCUCGAGCAUAUAGAUGCUUCAAGUUGUAAAGAGGCUUGUGCAAAGAAUUGUUCAUGCAAAGCAGCUAUAUUUCAAUAUGAAUCGAAUCGCACUAACGGUAGUUGUUACUUACCAACUCAGGUAUUUUCACUUAUGAACAUUGACAAGGAAACAAGUCUUUAUAAUUCUACUGCUUUCCUCAAAGUACAAAAUUUGAACAAAGUACAAAAUUUGACCAAUGAAGCUCCUUAUACUCCAGUUGACAAUCCUAUGAGCAACCGUCUCCCUAAAAUACUUGGGUCCAGCCUUGGAGCUCUCUUUACCAUGAUGAUUUUGAUCGUAGCCAUAGUUUUGUUUGUUCAAAAGAGAGAUGAUAAUCAAGCAGAGGAGGAUUACCUUGAUCAAGUACCCGAAGUGCUUAAUAGAUUCGCAUACAACGAUCUAGAAACCAUCACAAACGGAUUCAAUAAAAAGCUCGGCGAAGGUGGUUUUGGUUCUGUUUUCGAAGGUACUCUAAGUGACGGCACAAAGGUUGCAGUGAAACGCCUAGAUGGUUUUGGGCAAGUUAAGAAAUCCUUUCUAGCCGAAGUUGAGACUAUUGGCAGAAUCCAUCACGUGAACUUGGUAAGACUUGUAGGAUUUUGCGCUCAGAAAUCCCACAGGCUCCUUAUCUAUGAGUACAUGUCAAAUGGGUCACUAGAUAGAUGGAUCUUUCACAAAUCCAAUGAAUGUGUUCUCGAUUGGCAACAAAGGAAGAAGAUAAUUCUCGAUAUAGCACAAGGACUCAAUUAUCUUCAUGAAGAGUGCAGACAGAAGAUAGUUCACUUAGACAUUAAACCUCAAAAUAUCCUCUUGGAUGGAAAUUUCAAUGCUAAGGUUGCUGAUUUUGGGUUAUCCAAGUUGAUAGACAGGGACCAAAGCCAAGUUUUCACAACCAUGAGAGGAACUCCAGGUUAUUUGGCCCCCGAGUGGCUGAGUGCAGCAAUCACCGAAAAGGUCGACGUGUAUAGCUUUGGCGUGGUAAUCUUGGAGAUAGUGUGUGGGAGAAAAAUCUUCGAUCGCUGUCUAGAUGAAAAAGACAUGAAUUUACUCAGCCUUUUUAAGCGAAAGGCAGAAGAGGAACGAUUGUUGGACAUUGUGGAUAAGUCUAGUGGUGACAUGCAACUAAACGGACUGCAUGCUGUGAGAAUGAUGAGGAUUGCCGCAUGGUGCUUGCAAGGAGACUAUAUGAAGAGGCCUUCCAUGUCCGUGGUCAUCAAGGCGUUAGAGGGCAUCGUGGAAGUUCAAGAAGACUUGGAUUAUGACUUCUUUGCUCAGCCUUCAACUAGUGGAGCAGCAAGAUUCGAUCCCAUGGAUGUUGAAUUCAAUGCUGCCACUGCAUUAUUGCCCUCAGUCCUAAGCGGUCCACGAUAAGGCAGCAAGGUUAUAAUAACUUUUCUUCGUAAAAAGUAUGGGCAAUUGAAUUUUUCGAUCUGUGAGGACUAUGGCUUGUCAUUCUCUUUUUCAGACCCCCAAAAAAAAAAGCCCAUGGCAUGAUAUCAUUUCUCAUUUUCACUUUGCCAAUGAGUGAACUUUGCCAUAACUUAUGUUGCAAUUAAGUUUUAUUGCUUAUGUAGAAACUAAUCGUACUCAAGUUUGUUGUGUCUUAAGUCAUCCGUGUA